AAAAUGUUGAGUUGUAGGUGCUGUCGCUUGAGAAGAGGUGUCAACACAUGACGGAGAACAACAAAAAGCUCUUGUCGAAGAUCGAACAACUUGAAAACGCUCAGGCUGAAGCAAAUCUUCAACUGGGGACUUUGCAGCAGCAUAACGCACAUCUUCUGGCCGAGGCAGAGAACUUCAACAGCACGAUCAACUCUCAGUCAGCGCUGAUCGUUGGACUGCGUUCGACAGUUCACAGGCUGAACAAAGAUGAAAAGCUAGUGGAAUACCUUCGCAACACAUUGGAGCAAUGCCAACGUGAGGUCGACACUGUAAAAAAGCGCGAAAAACUGCUUCAAGACGAGCAUACAAAGUUAAAAACAUCGACAAACGUGGAGAAAGAAGCGUUGAUGAAUAAAAUUCUGGACUUUCAGCAACAUCUUCAACGAAACGAUGUUGCUAGUGGAAAGGUUAUCAUCUUGGAAAAGGAGAUAAAAAAACUACAGAAAGACAAAAAGGCAUUACAAGUCGACCUCGAAGGAUCCAAUUCCCGGUGCAACAACUUACAAGCACACGUCGCUCAGCUCGAUAAAAUGUCCGAAGAAUUUGUGGAGGUGAAGAGAGCGAUGGAGAAUGAGAUUACUGAGAUUGAAUCAAUGCUGAGUGUUACAAGACAAGAGCUUGAGAUCUGUAACAAGAAACAACGCGAGGCUGAGGAACGAGCACACAAGGCAGAGGCACAUAUUGCAAGCUUACAGGACGUAACCAAGUCACUCCAAACAAAAGAUGAAGAAAUCGGGACUCUAAUGCAGACAUUGAUGCGCCUGGAGGAUGAGGUCGAGCAGCGAGACAAGCGAUAUGCAGGAUUACAAGACGAAUUACGCAAAGCCAAUACAGAGCUGCUAGGAAUCAAACAGCUUUCUCAAGAUGAUACAGUCCAAGCCUUACAGAUGGCUCGGCAAAAGGCUGCUACGUAUGAAGCGUUGACAUUACUGAAUGAGGAGAAGAAAGCACUGGAAGAACAACUUCGAUUGGAUGAAGAGCGUCUAGAAGCGGGACGUGUAGCUCUACAGGAAGCGAAAAGUGAUAAGGAGCAUCUACAGACCGAGCUAGAAAAUCAAGUCUUAACAAUUGAAGAGCUGCGGAAGCAGAACAGUACUUUGCAAGACCAGUUGAAGGAGAACAGUACAUUGCAAGAGCAGGAGAAGGAAAACAAUACGUUGCAAGAGCAGCAGAAUGAGAACGAUACAUUGCCAAAGUCGAUAAACAACAACUCCAGUCUUCCUGAAAAAUCGGUAACAGAAGUCUCUACUCAGACAGUCGAAGAGGUCAUCAACCCCGAGGCUCACGACGAAACUGUUAGUAAUCUGGAGAAAGUCACCAACGAACUGGAGAGUCUUCGAUCUGAGUUCGAAAAGCUCCAACAGAGCCGCGAUGAACUGCAAGACACUAUUCAAAACUUACAAGAAACUCAAGAUCAGAUGGAGGUCGGCUACAAGAAGACAGUGUCUCGAGAAAGAUACAAAUCCGAGUCUUUUCAGAGCCAACUCGUGCUCUUGCAGAAUGAAAAUGGAGAACUAAGCGACAAAAUUGAGGCACUGUACAAAGAUUUGAGAAAGGAACAACAGCUUAACGACGCCCAUACCCUGGAGAUGACCGAACUCAAACAACGUGUGCUGCCUCGUGAGUCCAUCAAGUUACUGCGAAACACUCAAGAUUCACUGGAGAAAACUGUAAAUUCCCUUCUCGAAGCUGAAAAUGCAUCAGAAAGCACAUUUACAUGUCUGCAGUGCAUGCAGCUAUUUACGCAACCCAUGACACUUGCACCUUGUGGCCACACAUACUGUGCCGCGUGUUUAACCAAGUGUGGCAGCAUAGAUGUACCGUCGUCCAUCGUGUGUAAAAUGUGCGAGUCCGGGAUCAAGAAGGAGAUGGAGUGUAUUUUCCCUAAUUACGCCUUGGCGGAUCUUACUGCGCGCUUCAUAUUCCGACAACAAAGCCUGGCGUCGCUCACGACCAUGUGUCUCUCACUCCGGAACAGUUUUACACAACGUGGUCCAAAUUCUAGUCCAACCGAAAAUCCUAUCACUGAAGAGUAACCCAUAAACCAUGAAGCUCGUGACUUAUCCGGUUGUGACAACGAGAGAUCCACGAUGCCUCUUAGGACGGGUGGUGGGCUU